AUGGUUGCACAAUGGGCGAGUGGCAUGUAUACCCCAUGGCAGGAUCAGGAAGAUUCAAGCGAAGCUGCAUGCGGCGCGGAUAUCCUCACGGUGUACGAGCGCCUAUUUGUAGACGAGCGCGUGUGCGAAGACCCCACCAUUGAGGACGGAAGAGACACAUCCCAGCCAUGA